AUGCUACCGUUCAUACAAUUACUGUAUCUGGCGCUAUACCUAACUAGCGAUGUUCUCGCAAUGCCGCUACGUAAAAGGGAAAUUGUAACAAGAGUACACACCGCCAGCACCACUAACACUGUGACCAAUUUCUUUUCUACCACCACUCAGGUUAUUAUUGCACCAACUGUACAGGUAAUUAUUAGUGGUGAUACUACCCUUUUCAGUACUAUGGUUGGAGAAGGUGGUGACAUUAACGCUGAACCAACAACAACCAUAACUUCCAUAAUCCAAGUAAAGAGGGUUUCUUUAGCUAAUGAGCAACCAACUGCAACUUCCACAACCCCAAUGCUAGACAGUUCAUCAUCAUCUGCUACCACUACAUCCUCUGCUAUUUCAUCUGACAUUACUACUACUUCUAUUCCAAGUUCUUCUAGCAUACCAACAACUACACCAUCAUCGUCGUCGUCAUCGUCGUCAUCGUCGUCAUCCAUACAGUCAUCAUCAAUUAGAUUUGCCAGCCAAGUAGUUAAUUUAGAGAAUGUCGAAGCCAAUCAAAAUCAGCAAAAGCAGGAAGAACAACAACAUGUUCAUAACACCGCUCAUAUAUCGACUCCUGUCGUAGAGAUGACUACUACCACCUCUUCAUCAAGUACCACUACAUUGGAACCAACCGCAAGUCAAAGCUCAACAUCUAAUAAUAAUGCCGAUACUACUAUCAAAUCAGCUCCAAUUGCUAUUGCAUAUUCACCAUACAACAAUGAUGGUACGUGUAAGAGCGCUGAUCAAGUAAAAGAAGAUUUGCAACUAAUUAAGUCCAAGGGCAUUAAUCAAAUUCGUAUGUAUGGUACUGACUGUAAUUCAUUACAAACUGUAUUGCCAAAUGCAAAGAGUAUUGGCCUAUCCGUUAAUCAAGGUUUAUGGAUUACUAGCUCAGGUGUUGAUUCCAUCGACAUUCCACUACAACAGUUGAUUAACUACGGUCAAACUAACGGCUGGGAUGUAUUUGCCUAUAUUACUGUAGGUAACGAAGCUGUUAUCUCUCAAUACUGUUCCGUAAGUGACUUGGUUUCUAAGAUUGGACAGGUUAGAGGUCAAUUGAAAGCAGCUGGAUAUACUGGUCAAUUGACAACAAGUGAGCCUCCUGUCACCUAUGAACAACACCCUGAAUUAUGUACAGCUUCAGGCAUUGACUUCGUUGGUAUCAAUCCACAUGCCUACUUUGAUACAUAUUCCAGUGCAGAUACAGCCGGCUCCUUUGUAAAGGGUCAGAUCGAACUAGUACAAAAAGCUUGUGGCACUGGUAAUAUUGUAGUCACCGAAACUGGUUAUCCAUCUGCCGGUAUUCAAAAUGGUGGUAAUAUCCCAUCGAAACCAAAUCAGCUCAUCGCUAUUCAAAAAAUUCUAGAAGCCACUAACAACCAGGUCACAUUGCUAUCCUGUUUCAACGAUUUUUGGAAGGCGCCUGGCCCAUAUGGUAUUGAACAAUACUUUGGUAUCUUGGACAACCUGCCAUGA